GUCCCGCGCUCUGCCUCCGUCGGGCCUGCCCCGCCGUGACUCAGUUUCCCGAGGGGUCCACGGAAUCCGGGCCGGUCUCUCCCGAGCCUCAUCUCCAUCUCCGCCGCGGCAUCCGGGACACAGGUGUUCCCAGCCGGACCUGGCAGCCCCCAUGGGGUGGUGACCUGUCUUGUCACCUGGUGUGGCGGCCGCAGCGGCGGCCGGGCUGGAGGCAGCCAUGUGGUCCAAUGCCAGUUUGGGCCCGUGUUUCCGCCCCAUCAACUUCAACUUCACGCUGGAGGAGAGGCGUCUGAUCGCCUCCCCCUGGUUCCCGGCGUCCUUCUGCGUGGUGGGGCUGUCCUCGAACCUGGUGGCCCUGAGCGUGCUGGCCAGCUCCCCCCAGGGCGGCCUGUGCCCCCGCUCCCCCUUCCUCACCUUCCUGUGCGGCCUGGUGCUCACCGACUUCCUGGGGCUGCUGGUGACGGGCGCCAUCGUGGUGUCUCAGCACGCGGCCCUGCUGGACUGGCGGGCCGGGGACCCCGGCUGCCGCCUGUGCCACUUCAUGGGCGUCGCCAUGGUGUUCUUCGGCCUGUGCCCGCUGCUGCUGGGGGCGGCCAUGGCCUCCGAGCGCUUCCUGGGCAUCACGCGGCCUUUCUCCAGGCCCGCGGUGGCCUCGCCACGCCGGGCCUGGGCCACGGUGGGCCUGGUGUGGGCGCUGGCCCUGGGCCUGGGGCUGCUCCCCUUGCUGGGCCUGGGCCGCUACACCGUGCAGUACCCGGGCUCCUGGUGCUUCCUCACGCUGGCCGCCCGGCCGGGCGACGCUGCCUUCGGCCUGCUCUUCGCCUGCCUCGGGGGCCUCUCGGUGGCCCUGUCCUUCCUGCUCAACACGGUCAGCGUGGCCACCUUGUGUCGCGUCUACCACGGCGGGGAGGCCGCCCAGCAGCGGCCCCGGGACUGCGAGGUGGAGAUGAUGGUGCAGCUCUUGGGUAUCAUGGUGGUGGCUUCCGUGUGCUGGCUGCCCUUGCUGGUCUUCAUCGGACACACGGUGCUGCGGACGCCGCCGGCCAUGAGCCCCGCGGGCCAGCUGUCACAGGCCACCGAGCGCCAGCUGCUCAUCUACCUGCGCGUGGCCACGUGGAACCAGAUCCUGGACCCCUGGGUCUACAUCCUGUUCCGCCGCGCCGUGCUGCGCCGCCUGCACCCGCGCCUGAGCCAGCGGCUGCAGGAGCGGCUGCGGCGGCGCGAGGAGCGGCGGCAGCAGGAGGAGCUGCUCAAGGCCUUCGAGACGCCCGAGGAGAAGCGCGCGCGCCGCCUGGCCAAGAAGGAGGCCAAGGAGCGCAAGAAGCGCGAGAAGAUGGGCUGGGGCGAGGAGUACAUGGGCUACACCAACACCGACAACCCCUUCGGCGACAACAACCUGCUGGGCACCUUCAUCUGGAACAAGGCCCUGGAGAAGAAAGGGAUCAGCCACCUGGAAGAGAAGGAGCUGAAGGAGCGCAACAAAAGGAUCCAAGAGGACAACCGGCUGGAGCUGCAAAAGGUGAAGCAGCUGCGGCUGGAGCGGGAGCGGGAAAAGGCCAUGCGGGAGCAGGAGCUGGAGAUGCUGCAGCGGGAGAAGGAGGCCGAGCACUUCAAGACCUGGGAGGAGCAGGAGGACCACUUCCACCUGCAGCAGGCCAAGCUGCGCUCCAAGAUCCGCAUCCGGGACGGGCGGGCCAAGCCCAUCGACCUCUUGGCCAAGUACAUCAGCGCCGAGGACGACGACCUGGCCGUGGAGAUGCACGAGCCGUACACCUUCCUCAACGGCCUCACGGUGGCUGACAUGGAGGACCUGCUGGAGGACAUACAGGUAUACAUGGAGCUGGAGCAGGGCAAGAACGUGGACUUCUGGCGUGACAUGACCAUCAUCACUGAGGACGAGAUCUCCAAGCUCCGCAAGCUGGAGGCCUCGGGCAAGGGGCCAGGCGAGCACCGCGAGGGCGUGAACGCCUCCGUCAGCUCGGACGUGCAGUCCGUGUUCAAGGGCAAGACCUACAACCAGCUGCAGGUCAUCUUCCAGGGCAUCGAGGGCAAGAUCCGCGCGGGCGGCCCCAACCUGGACAUGGGCUACUGGGAGAGCCUGCUGCAGCAGCUGCGCGCGCACAUGGCCCGGGCCAGGCUGCGCGAGCGCCACCAGGACGUGCUGCGGCAGAAGCUGUACAAGCUGAAGCAGGAGCAGGGCGUGGAGAGCGAGCCGCUCUUCCCCAUCCUCAAGCAGGAGCCCGCGUCCCCGGGCCGCAGACCGGAGCCUGUUUCUAGGGCUGACCUGGGUUCUGGAGUGGGGCUGGAUUUUGGACCCCUCAAGGCUUGUGGCGUUGAUCUGGGCUUCCGAGAGCUGGGCCGGGCUCUGGAGCGGGGAAGGACAGCUGAGCUGGACGGGACUCCAGAUGGUGGCCAGGCCAUGUCAGUCUGGGUCCCAGAGGUGGACAAUGUUCUCAUGCUCGUGUGUGAUCUGCAGGAUCUAGGCUUGUUCUCAGAGCUGAGCUCUGUUGUAGAGCUGGAUGUAGUGUCAGAGCUGCUUUGGGUUCUGGAGCUGGGUUUGGUCUCAGGGCUGAGCUCUGUUCUAGAGCUGGAUCUGGUGUCAGAGCUGCGUUGGGUUUUGGAGCUGGAGCUGGUGUCAGAGCUGCGUCGGGUUUUGGAGCUAGAUCUGGUGUGA